AUGGAAGCUCGUCCCCCAACCUCCUUGCCCUCCGCAAAUCCUCCUAGUGUGGAGAUCGCCUACAAGCGCAAAUGCAUCGCUUUAAAAAAACGUCUCAGCGAAGUCGAGGUUGAAAAUGAGAUGAUUCGUACACGCAAUCGCCGCGGCUGGCAGUACAUUCAGAAAAUGCGCUUGGAGUCUUGCAUGCUGUUGGAGCGUCUCGCCAAGGUUACCAGCAUGGGCAACGAAGCUCAGUCCGGAGCUGCAGACCCUGAAUUGCGCGCCCGUGCGGCGGCAAUGAUGACUGAUUCUGGUGCCACGAAUGGUGCAGGCAGUGGAAAAACAGGUGGCCGAUAUUUCGAGGAUGACACUGAGGGUAGUUCCGAUGAGCAGCCGCGCACCCCCGAAGAACGUCCCCUCAGAGUGAAGCGCUCCCGGAAGUCUAACCUCGCGCCCGGAGCCGAUGGUGGUGACGACGACCACCCUGCCCAGGAUAAUGCCAAUGAACCUGCAGAUCAUGAGGGUGGUGGUGCGUUGCCUCGUCUUGCUCCUGCUCCGAGUCAACAGGAUCUCACUUCUUCAUUCCGUGUGCAGACCGGCAGUAAUGGUUCUGCUCAUGAAGGCGGACAGACACCUCACAGUCAAGAAACCCGUGAAGGCCAGUCAGAGCACGCACAGGCCGAGGCUGCUGAUUCGGGGACUACGCCUAUGGAUAUGGAUACGGUCGAGCCUAAGGUCGAGGAGUAA